AUGCCUCUGGCCAGACAACUGCUUCUUAAAAUGAGACUCUGGGAACUUCUGCCAUUCCUGGUCCCCUUCAUCUUCUUGUGGGGCAUCCAGGAACCUGAGCUGGCAGAGGGGUUCCUUACCAGAGCGUGCAGAAAAUACAAACUAAAGUGUUACUAUAAAGAUACAAGCGAGUGUUCAAGGCACAGAGACUGUCCAAACAAGCAAAAGUGCUGCUGGUUUGCCUGCGGGAAAAAAUGCAUGGACCUCAACAUAGAUGUAUGCAGUCUGCCACAGGAUCCUGGCCCCUGCUUGGCUUACUUUCCACGCUGGUGGUAUAAUAAAGAAACUGGGGUCUGUACCGAAUUCAUCUAUGGUGGCUGCCAUGGGAACCUUAACAACUUCGGAAGUGAAAGUGUCUGUACAUCCAUCUUUAAAAAAUAA